UCGGCCGCGACAGCAGGUCCACGGGCGGGAGGCACGACGCGGAGCCGCGGGCGGGAGGCUCCGGGGCCAGCCAUGCAGUACCAGCCCGCCGGGGCCCCGCUGUACGCGCCCACCCCGCUGCUGCAACCCGCGCACCCGACGCCCUUCUACAUCGACGACAUCCUGGCCAGGGGGGCGCCGGGGGGGCCGCCGCCGCCGCCGCCGCCGCCGCCGCCGCCGCCGCCCGCCCUGCCCUCGCCCAACUCGUCCUUCACCAGCCUGGUGGCCUCCUACCGGACCCCCAUCUACGAGCCCACCCCCAUCCACCCGGCCUUCUCGCACCACCACCUGGCGGCGGCGGCGGCAGCGGCGGCAGCCUACGGGACCGGCCCGUAUGGCGCGCCGCCCGGGGCCCCGCUCUACCAGUUUCCUCGCGCCGUCGGCGAUUACGCGCAAGCCUUCAUCCGGCACGACCCCCUGGGGAAACCGCUGCUGUGGAGCCCCUUCAUGCAGAGGCCGCUGCACAAGAGGAAAGGCGGCCAGGUGCGCUUUUCCAACGACCAGACCAUCGAGCUGGAGAAAAAAUUCGAGACGCAGAAGUACCUCUCUCCGCCGGAGAGGAAGCGCCUGGCGAAGAUGCUGCAGCUCAGCGAGCGGCAGGUUAAAACAUGGUUUCAAAACCGCCGGGCUAAAUGGAGGCGCCUGAAGCAGGAGAACCCCCAAGCCAGCAAAAAAGAAGAGCCUGAAGGCAGUGACAGUCACCAGGAUGCCAGACAAGAAGGCUGUCAGAGUCCCGAGCAGGAUAAAAUGACUUCUCCUAGCAGGUCGCGGUACACCCCCUCGCCGGCCUCCCAGGAAGAACUGGAUUCAGACAUUUCGGAUGACUCGGAUCAAGAAGUGGACAUUGAAGGUGACAAGAGCUAUUUCAACAGUCCUCAUCCAUAGUGGCCCCCUUGAGGAUGGACCUUCCCUCCGCUUGCACCUUAAGAGGAGUUGGCUUGACAAAAACCGAUCCUCGCUACAAAAGGAAAGGCUUGUUCUUCAGUCUGACUGGGAGGAAGAAGGAAAACAAUCAGGAAUCACGUAGCUCUAACAAUCAGCAUUCUUGUUCCUACAAUACACUGAUAAGCAGAAUAGGUCCUUUUAUGAAUAAAUGGAGCCUGGUUCUAUUUAUGUAUAGUGAUUGGUUUUAUAUCUUACUGGUAGUGUAAUACUACACUUCCCUCCAUAAACUGGGGGAUAAUGAUCCUUAGCCAGCUAAGAAACUACUACUACUACUACAACAACAACAACAAAAAUGAAAAUGAAUCUUUUGAUUUCCAAAGGAGAAUUUCACUCUUGAGGCUGAAAGCUUUAACAAAGAUGUCACAAAUGUAGUGGAAUGCAAAAUGGAAACACACAUUUUCCAUGAAGUUAUGGGAAUCGUCUUCAUGAAAGUGCGGAGAGGGCAGCAGGUUGUUGAUCUCAUUAAGGUCAUUGUUCCUCAUCUACUGAAAAUGGUGUAUGACCAACUUGUGUGAUAUGUGGACACUAAAUGUACAAUCAGUUCUUAACAAUUAGGUAUGAUUGUGGGGAGCAGAAGAGAACUGCCUUCUUCUCCAACAUAUUUUCCAUGGUAGGGACUUAGUCUAUCAGCCUUCCCCAAACUUGUGCCUUUCAGAUAUGUUGGGUAACAAUUUCUAUCAUCCCCACCAGCAUGGCACCAGGAUGAGAAAGGAUAGUGUGUGUGGGUGUGAUAGAGAGAGACACCCUGUUCAGAUGACAUGCUAAGCCACAGUGUUCAAGCAUUUUGAAUUAAACAUUAUGGCUUAGUGUGUUGUGUGAAGCAUGGCAUUGAGCUCCAUCACACCAGUGAUUUAAUGCACUCUUGCCAUGUCUGAUAUCUGGUAUUGCAGCAUGGGACUCACAUGAUGUCGUCCCUGACCUGCACCUGUGUCACCUCUUUUCCUCCAUUUUGCAGAUUAUUUUGGUGUGGGGAAUGUCUGGAUUAUUCCCCCCAAGCAGAUUUAAUGUGCCUUUAAGCCUCCAUGUAUUGCUGUCCUCUCGCUUUUUGCUUUGUUAGGGGCAUGUGCUUUGAAUGGAAUCUUGCUGAUGAAAAUGGAGGGCGGGGAGGUUCUCUUCCAACAUGCUGUGUCAUGAAUGGACUUGUGCUUAGUCUGUCGAAUGGACUUUUUACUGCUCCAAUCCCACCCGCAUUGCCCACAGAAACAGAGCCCAGCUAUGCGGCAGGGCCUUGCUAUUUACUGUUUUACUCUGUACAGCACCAUGUACAUUGAUGGUGCUAUAUAAAUAAAUAAUAAUAAUAAUAAUAAUAAUAAUAAUAAUGAUGAUGAAACAUUAAAUCAGUAAAUCGCUAGACAACAAAGUCAGAGCAGGCAGAGAAAGAGGUGACCAUGUGCACAUUGGUGCCCACGGCUGCCACCUUGGAGACUCCAGGGCUAAUCCCUGUUAAUUGAUCCCAUGUACGAGGAUCAGGCCUAGAUCCUCUUAGUCCAGGAUUCUUUGCAAGAAUCCCCUAAACUAGCAGGCAUGAGAUACUCUACUGUAUGUUGGGCUGUAGCCCUACAGUAAACUGCAAUCCUUCUGCCCAACGCUGUCCUAAUAGCUCCUUUGCAUCAUGGGAAACUAACAGUGCAACCCUCGACAUGUCUACUCAGAACAAAGCCCUGUUGAGUUCAAUGGGACUUACUCCCAGGUAAGUGUGUGACCUGUAUGAUGGCCUUCCCCAACCUGGCACCCUUGAGAUGUGCAGGACUACAACUCCCAUCACACCCAGCCAAUGUGCCAUUUGACCAUGCUCAAUGGAAGUUGUAGUCUGAAACACCUGGAGGGCACUUGGUUGGAGAAGGCUACUGUAUAGGAUUACAUACUGAAAGGGUUUUUCCAACUAUGCAGCAUGCUGGCCAUUGAUUUGAACACAAUUAUGAGUUUUUAUUUUAUUUUGUAAAAAGAUGUGUAUGUUUGUGUGGACUGGAGCUAAAGGCCAUCUGACAGCCAGACCAUCUGACUUGAAAGUCUUGCCUUUAAUUCUCUAUGUGUGGGCACCUACUGUACUUCAUUGGAGCUUGGCUGCUGGUAACGUUUAUUGGGUCAAAAGUAGCCACAUGUAAACCAGGCUAGAGGAUGGCUGCAUGAACAAGAUUUGCCUGGCUUUCAAAUGGUGAUUUUUCUGUUGUUUGAAUCAUUGUUGUGCCUGUUUGCUCUCUACUCCACAUAGACUGGCUCUAACAGUUGAGAAUUCUAAAACUUCACUGCAGGCAGAGUGAAAACAGUAGGAGGGGGUCAUAUGCAAACAAAAGGAGGAAUCUGCUUUACACAAGAGCAUCUCUACAUUAAGGAACACCCCCAACCUGCACCCUUAUCAGUUUUUUUCUUCUGGUCUUUUCCGCAUUUACUUCGGCUCCUUUAGACAGCAACCAAUGGCGACCACAUGAUUUGUAACUGAAAAUUUCCCCAUGGCUAGGCUACAUAAAGUUCAAUAAAACAGUGCCUUCUAGCUGCUGUAUUAUAGCACAAUGCUGGCUUAUCCACUGGGGAUAUCCUGCAAUAAUUUUAAAUAGUACAUUACCUCUGAUCUUUUUAAAAGCAAGAUUAUCAGGGGAAGGUGUGGGAGACAUCCUAGAGGUUGACAGCAUCAUGUAUAGGACCCACAAACUUCCAUGAGUAGCUAACCAUUAGCGUGCAAUAUAUCAUUCAUGUAUAGAUGCUUUAUUUGUCUAUCUAGCCCAGUGCUGUCUACUCUGACAGGCCGCAGGUCUUUUGCAUCACUUGCUACCUUGUUCUUUAAACUAGAAAUAUUAGAGCAGCCUUCCCCCACCUGGUGGCAUCCAGAUGUUUUGGACUUCCACUCCCAUCAUCCAUUGACCAUGCUGACUAAGGCUGAUAGGAAUUCUAGUCCAAAAUACCUGUGAUAAUCUGGUAUGUCUGCAUCUCCAGCCUGCGAAGUAGGACAGGCUGCAAGAUACCUUUUGGUCUCUGUUCUGAUGGCUAUGUGCUACCUCCAGUAUCAGAAGCAGUAAGCCGGGGGACAUGGGUGGGUGGGUGCUGUUACACUAUGUCCUGCUUGUGGGUCCCUGGUUAACAGCUGGUUGGCCACUGUGUGAACAGAGCGCUUGACUAGAAGGAUCUUGGUCUGAUCCAGCAUGGCUCUUCUUACGUUCCUCAAAGGUAGCACCUCCACUACUUAUGUUAUAUUUAUAACUAUAAUGAAAUAUUAAUAUUCAACAACUUCUAACCUCCAAAUGGAUAUUAAUAUUCUAGGUUCAUGGCUUUUAUGAAUGAAAAUGGGGUUAGAUAAAAUUGGAUGACAAUGGAGUUAAAGAACUUCUAAAGGAUAAUGAGAUUGCAGAGAAGCUGAAUGAAGAUGUGGGGCACUUAGCUGUACCUGAACUGAUGUUUUCAGGAAGCAAGUCUGAGGAAUUGAAGCAAAUAAUGGUGACAAGAGAUGAAAUUCUUGACCUUAUUGACAAAUUGAAAGCUAACAAAUCACCAGGCCAGAUGGUGUUCAUUUUAGAGUUCUUAACUCAAAUGUGAGAUUGCUGAUUUUCUAACAAAAAUAUGUAACAUAUUCCUAAGAUCAGCCUCUGUACCAGAGGACUGGAGAAUGACCAAUGUAAUGCCAAUUUUUAAAAAGGUUAGCUUAAUUAGUGUAACGUCUGUGCUGGGUAAAUUGGUGGAAAGCCUACAGAAGCACAAGCCCUGCUUAAAAAGAACCAACAUGACUUCCAUAAAGGUGAGUCCUGUCUCACUAACUUUUUAGAGAUUUUUUGGAAGUGUCAAUAAAAAUGUGGACAGGGAUGAUCCAAUAGAUAUUGUUCUUUUGGACUUCCAAAAGGCUUUUGACAAAGUCCUUCACCAAAGACUACUGAGCAAACUUAGCAGUCAUGGAAUAAGAAGAGAAAUCCUCUUACGGAUUGGAAACUGUUACAUAUUUUUUAAAAAAUAUUAUUGUAUCCUGUUUGUGUGGCUUUUAUCUUUCAUGCCACCUUGAGAUGGCUCUACCCUUUAAGGAGAUCUAAAAAUAAUUUCAGAUAGGCAGAGAGUAGAAAUGUAAGAAAUAGAGUCCAAUAGGCAUCUGUACUGGGACUAAUUAUUUUUUAACUUAUUCAUAAAUGAUGAUAAAGAAUUAUGAGUGAGCAGUGAAGUGGGCAGUUUCUCAGAUGACACCAAAUUAUUUAGAGUGGUUAAAAUAAAAAGGGACUGUGAAGAGUUCCAAAGGUAUCUCUCCAAACUGGGAGAAUGGGCAUUAGAAUGGCAAAUGCGGUUCAAUGUAAAAACAAAAAAGUGUAAAGUGAUGCACAUUGGGGCAAAAAGUCCCACCUUCACAUGUAUGCUGAUGGGUUCCAAACUAGCAGUGACAGACCAAGAAAGAGAUCUUGGGUUGUGGUGGACAGCUUGAUAAAAAUGUCAGUCCAGUGUGUGGCUGCGGUGAAGAGGACAAAUUCCAUGUUAGGCAUAAUUAGAAAAGGAAACUGCAAAUAUUAUACUGCCCUUAUAUAAAUCUAUUGUGCACCCACACUUGGAAUACUGUGUAUCGCUGUAGUUGCUGCACCUAAAAAGGGAUAUUGUAAACAUGCAAAAAAGGGCCACUAAAAGGCCCAAGCGGCUAGAGCAAGCUCCCUAUGAGGAAAGGUUACAACAUCUGGGACUGUUUAGCAUAGAGAAAUGGCAAGUGAAGGGAGACAUGAUAGAUGUGUUAAAAAAAAAAUUACGUAGUGUGCAGAAAGGGGACAUGGAGACAUUUUUCUCCUUCUCUCAUAAUACUAGAACAUGGAGUCAUCCUAUGAAGCUGAUUGGGUGGGAGAUUCAGGACAGAUAAAAAGAAGUGCUACUUCACAUAGUGCAUAGCUUAACUACAGAAUUCACAACCACAAGAUAUAGCGAUGGCCACCAAUUUGGAUGGCUUUAAAGGGGGAUUAGACAAAUUUAUGGAGAUACGGCUAUCAAUGGCUGAUGGCUAUGUGCUACCUCCAGUCUCAGAGGCAGUACGCCUGUGUACACCAGUUGCCAACAAACAUGACUGGGAGAGUGCUAUUGCACUCACGUCCUACUAGUGGUUUUCCUACCGGCAGCUGGUUGGCCACUGUGUGAACAGAAGGUUGGAGGAGAGGGACCCUUGGUCUAAUCCAGGUUGGCUUUGUCUUAUGUUUUCAUGUCAUGUCCUUAUAUAUGGAGAAGGACUGACCCCUCUUUCAGAGCCUCCUUUAAACUCCUUAACAACCAGGUUUGCAUGCUUGCCAAGCAGUCCAAUGCAUUGGUGGGCUACCUUUUGGCUAGGCAAGAGAAUCAAAUCAAGUCCAGUUUCCAAUCAUUUUAUUUAUUAAAGAACUAAGCAGAGAGUAGUUGAGGAAUAGUCCAAUACUAAACCUUGCUUAUCAAGAGUAACUCACCACAGCAGCUCACUUAGGGCUCCAGGGCGCAAAGGAAAAGGAAAACCUUAAUGAGCCAAACUCCAAAAGGUAGCUACAUGAGUCUGUUGCAGCAAAAACAGCAAAGAAUGUGUGAUACCUUAAAGACUGACACAUUUAUUCUGUCAUAAGCUUUUGUGGGCUGUAGUCUGCUUCAUCUGAUGCAUAGAAUAUUAUGGAGAGUUUCAUGUUUUUAAUACAGUACAGGUGAUGGUGUUGCUGCUGCUGUUGCUGAAGGGAUUGUAAAAAGUGUGAUCAAGAGGAAAUUCAAUUCAGAAAGUACUGAUGGUGACAAUCCCAUUAACGGUGGUCUUUCACAGUGCAGCUGUUACUGAUAACAAACAUCCUGACACUAGUUAAGCCAGAUAACAUGUGUGAUGUGAUAAAAAUCUGUUAUUCUGAUUCAAGCUUCUGGAAAUAGAAUCAAACCUGUUGAUGAAUUCUAACUCAGCUCUCUCUUGCCCUGAUCUCCCUUUGUCUUUUCUUUGCUUCAGGACGGCCAGGUUAAGGUCAGCUGGGAGUGGUCUAGUAGGCUGCCACCGGUUUCUGAAUAUUGCUAUUUCUGAUGUCAGUUUUGUGAUCAUUCAUUCUUCUGCAUAGGAACUGGCUUGUUUUUCCUAUGUAAAAUGGGGAAGGGCAUUGCUGGCAGAGGAUGGCAUAGAUCAUGUUUGGUAGGGUGACCAUAUGGAAAGGAGGACAGGGCUCCUGUAACUUUAACAGUUGUAUAGAAAAGGGGGAUUUCAGCAGGUGUCAUUUGUAUGCAUGCAGCACCUGGUGAAAUUUCCUCUUCAUCAGUUGCUUGAAAAUAAGUUUGGCUGUAUUCAGUGAGACUAUCUUCUGAGUAAACAUGUACAGGGGAUUCCUGUGCACACUUAGCAAAGAAUAAAUUCCAAGGUGGGACUUUUGAGUAAAUGCGCUUAUGACCAUGCUCCGUAAUUUGCUCAUAAGAAUAUUGGGUGCUACAUUAGGCCAGGUCAGACUGUCUGCAUGUCAUCUAGCCAGGCAUUCUCAACUUCAGGACUGUUGAACCUCUUUCACCCCUGGGACUGAAUACCAUUUUGGAGAAGCUAUCCCUGAUGAAGCUUCAAUUAGUGCAAAAUGUGGCAGCUAGACUACUGACCAGUGCACAGUUCUGGGGCCGUAUUAUAUCUGUCCUGAAAGACCCACCUUCCUUGCCAGUUGUUUUCCAGGCUCAAUUCAAGGUGUUGGUUUUAACCUUUAAAGCCUUAAUGGUGCAGUUCUGUGCAUGGUUAGCAUGGCUGCCUGGGGAAUGCUGAGAGUUGUAGGGCUUUUUUCUGUCUAACUAUGAAUAGGAUUGCAUUCUAAAUGGCUUCUGACCAGGCUGUCUAAGGGACCCCACCACUCUCAUUACGAACCUGCCUGACUGUUAAGAUCUGCAGGAGAAGCCCUUUUGAGGACCUCAUUGUACCCCACGGGUGCAUUCAUCAGGCAUGCAUGGCAGGUCUUUCUCCUGUGCCGUGCUCCAGCAAUGGCGUGCAUUCCCUCAAGAACUACGCUUGACCCCCAUUCCCUUGGCCUUCAGAAAGUGUGCGAAGAGGCCUAUUUUCAAUUUCGCCUUUGAAAAAAUCUGUGACGUUAAUCUGGUUUUCAUGCCUUUAAUAUUUUGGUUUUAUUGUUUGAAGGUCAUUUUGUUUGAAAUGGUUGUACACCACCUCUGUGACUUUUUAGCAGAGAAAGUGGGGUAUAAAUGUUAAUAAAUAUAACAAAUAAGCUCUCGUGGGGGGGGGGCAUUCCAGUGGAGCACAGGGCUGAAGGCAAAAUGGGUGCCCCCCCACAAAUACCAGCAUAUUUUAGCUUAAAUCUCUUAGGGCCAGUAAUGAAGCCUUAGGGGACAUUCCAUUUUUUUAGAGUGGGGGUGGGGAACUGCAGAAAGCCAAGAAAAGGGAGCAGGCCGAGAGGAAGGGGAAAUUUCCAUCUGGGGAACCCAGGAGGGCUGGAUUUACCUGACUCUUUUUUUUUAACUUGAGAUACUGGAGAUUGAACCUGGGACUUCAGCAUGCCAAGCAUGUGCUCUGCCCCUGAGCUAGGGUCUCUGCUCAAAGCUUCUCUAGGCAGCAAACUUCAAUCACUAACAGAAUUCCCCCCACCCACCCACCCAAAUAUCUGCUGUGUCUUUUCAAAUCCCAAUUAUAAUGUUGCAAAAUGUAUUGUAAAUAGUAUCUGGGUUUGGCAUCAUGGAAAAGUGGUAUAGAUGUUUUAUAAAUAAACAAACAAAAGCAACUUCUCUUUCUCUGUGUAUGUGUCGCAAAUCUGGUGUAAUUUAGUAGCUAACAGCCUGGGCUAUAUGAAUCAGGAAAUCCUCUGUUCAGAUCAGACCUUAACACUGAACCCAGUGGCCUAAAGGAAACCACUCUACCUCUGCAGUGUGUAGAUAACACUACUGAUUACCUUACAGCAGCCUUUCCCCGCAAUUGGGUGUCCUCCAGAUAUGCUGGACUACAACUCCCAUCAUAUCGCUGUGAUAGCUGGGGAUGAUGGGAGCUAUAGUUCAACACAUCUAGGGGGCACCAGUAUUCAAAGCCACCUAUUUUGCUUUUUGGACAAAUUUAUAGUGCUUUCCUCAUAUUUCACAUCUGAAAUUAAGCUCCCCACUACCCUGCCAAAUAGAACAGCUGCAUAGGCCCAAAACAUCAGUAAGCCAUGCUUUGCCUAUCACAGGGGUGCUCAACGUCUCUCAGCCAGAGGGCUUAAUUCCCUUUUGGCGAGGUUUUCAGGGACUGUAUUCUAGUACAGGGUGAGGGUAAAGGGGCAGGGCCAAAAUUACCAAAAAAGACCAGCAUAAUUUAGCUUAAGUCUCUUACUGCCAGUAUCUAAGCCACGGUAAACUAAACCAUUUCAACCUUUUAAAUGGGGGGGGGGGGAGGGAAUUGCAA